AUGGAACCACUACCAGCUUCGAAAAUACGUCCGGCGCGUCCAUUCGCUAAAACGGCCGUAGAUUAUGACGGUCCAUUUUUUGUUCGUGCAAAUAAAAUACGUAACGCGAAAAUAGUGAAGUGUUAUGUUUCGGUAUUCAUAUGUAUGAUCGUAAAGGCCGUACAUCUCGAACUCGUUGCGGAGCUUUCCACGGAUGCAUUUUUAGCUGCUCUGCGACGCUUCACGUCCCGUUGA